AGGGAAAUGACGGGAAGAAAAUGAUUCUUCAUCUCUAGGAUGACUGAUCAAUGCUGAUAAUGUUCCCUUCAUGUCAACAUGUGUAGUAGGACUUCGAGCCGGCGUGGUUUAUAGCGUCAUUUAUUGCCCUGCUUAUGUCAUCAUGCAAGGCAGCUAUUGUUCAUCCUGUCGUUUCUUCAUUCCGCGUCUGAACGGUGUGUGUGUGUGUUGUCAUGAAUGUAACCCAUGGUCUUAUGAGCUGCAAUGUGUGUGGUGUUACUUCUAAAAAUGGUUUUGCAGUUGGCCAGGACUGUUCCUCUGGAUUGAAUCUUUUGUGCGUGUAUGUCAAUGUGACCAAAGGAAACUUAACCAACGGCACUAUGGGUCAAGACAGAGGAAAAUACGAUUUCUAUAUAGGCCUCGCUUUGGCCAUAAGCUCCAGUAUAUUUAUUGGCGGUAGCUUCAUCUUAAAAAAGAAAGGACUCCUUCGUCUGGCCAGGAAGGGAUCUAUGCGGGCAGGGCAAGGAGGUCAUGCAUACUUAAAAGAAUGGCUUUGGUGGGCCGGCUUGUUGUCAAUGGGGGCCGGUGAAGCUGCCAAUUUUGCCGCAUACGCCUUCGCUCCCGCCACCCUUGUUACUCCCCUCGGCGCUCUCAGUGUGCUAGUCAGUGCGGUACUGUCUUCGCACUUCCUGACCGAGAGGUUAAACCUGCAUGGGAAGCUGGGCUGUCUGCUGAGUAUCCUGGGCUCAACUACCAUGGUGAUCCAUGCACCUAAGGAGGAGGAGAUCGACAGUCUCGAGGACAUGGCCAAAAAACUAGUUGAUCCAGGCUUUGUGGUCUUUGCGACAGCUGUCAUCAUCAUUGCUCUCAUAUUCAUCUUCGUAUUGGGUCCUCGCCACGGCCAGACCAACAUCCUGGUCUACAUCACCAUCUGCUCUGUGAUUGGUGCCCUGUCCGUCUCCUGCGUCAAAGGAUUGGGCAUCGCGAUUAAAGAGGCCAUCGCUGGGAAGCCAGUGUUGCGAAACCCGCUGGCCUGGCUGCUGCUUCUGAGCCUGAUAGCCUGUGUUAGCACGCAGAUCAACUACCUGAACAAAGCGCUGGACAUCUUUAACACGUCUCUAGUGACGCCCAUUUACUAUGUGUUCUUCACCACCUCAGUGCUCUCCUGCUCUGCCAUAUUGUUCAAAGAAUGGGAGCACAUGGGCGUCGAUGACAUCAUUGGCACCCUGAGUGGCUUCGUUACAAUUAUUGUGGGCAUUUUCCUUCUGCAUGCCUUUAAGGACGUUAGCAUUAGCUUGGCGACUCUGGCUGUGUCCAUCAGGAAGGACGAGAGGAACGGGCCUGUAUCCAACGGCAUGGUGGCUCACAACCACUCCAAUUACGAGCUGCUACGUAAUGAAGUCACAGAGGACUUUGAGGACCGAGAGUCCGGGUUGUCUUUUGACAGCGUCUCCAGAAGAAACGGCACCAUGACGGUCUCUUAGGUUCAAGGAGGGACCCGGAGAAAAUGUUUCGGCUGCUCUGUGGACAUUUAGCGUUUUUAUUUUCCUUUUAAGAUAUGAAAUAAAACCUAAGACAAUCAACUCUAAAAGCAAAAAAGAAAGAGAAAAAGAAAAAAGAUGGACCAAUCGAUUGUACUAAAGGUUUUGUUUUUCUUUGUUUCAGACUAGACUACAUGGUAUGCUUCAUCUCAUUCCUCAUGUAGCACUGUAAAUAUACAACUGUAUGUUUUUAAGAGACUUUUGUUAUAUUUUAUGUACAGAUAUCUGUAUUUACAUGCACUGAGUUUCUUUCUACGAAAUCGUAGUUGCUUUGAAUUUGUAAUAAAGACAUUAAAAGGGGACUGACCUUGAGAAGACCUUGUCAGUUCAUCAACAGUCUAAA